AGGAUGGAUCUCCUCGACGACCAGUCGUCCUCGAAUAUAACAGCUAUUUUCGAGGUUCCUGGAGUGAAGACAAGCGAUAUCGCCCUCCGUAUCCUUGAGGGCAGCCUUGUCAUCACAGGAAAGAGACAGGCAGCAGGCGAGGGCGAUGCUGACACUGCUGCCCCGCAAUCAAUAUUACGCGUCCAGGAGCUCCGUUACGGAACCUUUCACCGCUCCAUUCCAAUGCCUGAGGGUAUCAAGGAGUCAGAAGUCACAGCAGGACUUCAAGACGGCAUGCUCACUGUGACUUGGCCAAGAUCACCUGCCAGAUCUUCCCAUCCUACAAUAACUCCCCUACCACUCCACACUGCGGCCGCUUCCUAA